AUGCCUUUCUCAUUGUCUGGAUACGGUACCACCCACAAGAUCCGCGAGCAAUUGCGGUUCACUGAUGAGAUCAAGUGGAAACAGUUCUCGAGCAGACGCCUCGAGCUUAUCGACAAGUUCGAGCUCAGCAAGUACAAAGCUAGCGAGCAGGACGACAACAUCAAGCAGAUAGCUAACAUGCUGAGAAUAGAGUUCGAGUUCCCCGUCGAGGCCACACAGGGCUUCGAGAAACUGGUCACCGCAGCUGUGCAAUCGGUGAGACGCAACAGGAAACGCUCAAAGAAGAAGAGCCCUUCCUCCUCCUCUUCCACCUCUAAGAGAGUACGGAAACCGCUCACACCAACGCCUUCCAAGACUCAGGCCAAGAGAAACAGAAGCGACAGCGUCACGAGCAACUCCAGCGACGACGGGCACGCCAGCGACUCAUCCUCGAUGUCCCACUCCAGGGCAAGCUCUGCCACCACCUCGACUGCCGCUGCGUCUCCACACUCCACUUCAGCCUCGAACAACGGCACCCACAUCACAAGGGUAAACACCCCCAGCUCCAUCGCGUCGCCUCCUUCUACCAUCUCGCUGCCUUUCCACCAGUCGGUCCUGUCGCCACCAAACCAGAACUUCCAAACCGCUGUGCAAAACAUACUGCUGCCUCUGCCUACCUCCUUGAAGAAGUCGACCUUGCUGUCUAACAACACCGACAGCAACAACAUGCCGCCUGCUCAGGAGACACAGAAAACACUGACCGACGACGACGUCGCCAGGUCCAUCAUGUCCGACCUGAUAGUGCUGCCAGUCAUCAACAACAAAGAGUUCGUCGACCUGGUCAAGGAGUCGCACACUUGUAACACUAUAAUCAACAAACAGGACUCCCAAGCCAACACGGGCAACUCGGGCAACUCGGGCAACUCGGGCCCCGACGUCUCCACCAUAUUCGCUGUCUUCGCUAACAUGGAAAUUCUGGGUGAAAUGGUACUGAAGUCGUCGGUGUCCUUCUCUGUAGAGAAGAACUUCAACGACAAGUUCUCAAAAUUUGCAUCAACUAAGGAGUACAUCACUCUAAAGACUUUCCAACAGGAAUCAUUGACCACUUUCGCGAAGAACUUGUUCAACAAGUUCAACAUAAACGCAAACACUUUCAAGCAGAACGACUCACCUUUCAUCGUAAAACUGCUGUUCAUCAUCAUCGGCGCUCUAGUGACAGACCACGGUUUCGAAAAGACCCUGGCUGUGCUAAAUCCUUUCCUCGAGGACCUAACAAUCACUCUGUUCACUGCUCCAACACCUACACCUGUGGCUCCACCGGAGCAACACCAAAGAUCAAAAUCUGCUGUCGGACUGGACAUAUUGAGUACCGUGUCUUUGCAAAUCGACCAGGAAUCUCAACAGCAUAACAGCCAGAUGACAUCCAACCAAAACAAUCUAUUCGCACAAUCCAAUGGAUCCCAAACAAUCAAGCUGCCACAGAUACCGAGAAGAUCACAAACACCAUCAAACACAUUAUCCCUGCCUAUCCCAGCACCAGCUGCAUCGAUCCCACCAAGGUCCGUCAGCGCUUUGACAACUCAGUCAAAACCUGACCUGAGUGUCAUCGACAACAUUAUCAACAGAAUCCACCAGAAAAACACAACCCAAAACCAACAAGUGAGCGAAAGUAACAAUGGUAUGAAAAGACAUCUAUUCAAAGACGGUAACCUACCACAUCCAAUCGCCCAAUCACUAUCAUAG